AUUUCCAUGAAAUAAUCGAUUGACCACCCAGUCAGCUUGGUCUGUUAGUUCGGUAAGUUAUUGUUAAGGUGGUAGUGGACUCAAAUCCUGUGUUAGGCACACUUAAGGCACACACAUUUUUACCUUACAGUGAUUUAGUUACUUUUCAACACUCCUUUUAUAAAAAUUAUGUAAGAGCAAUUAAUUUUGGGACUACUCUUUUAUUUUCAAUAUCAGUUAAUUGUAUUUUUCAUAAACAAUUUAUAAAGUAAUGGAACAUUAUUUUUUGUUUAAAAGCUGGCCAAUGUGAAAAACAUUAAAAAAAAACUAAUGCUCUUAUUAUUAUAAAGGUAAGUAACAACUGACUUACACAAUUACAUGAUAUGUCAGAGUUACCUACCCUCUGUUAAAACAGAAAGAGGAAGUAAAACAAAAAAUUCCAGAAACCUACAAACAUAGAACAGGAAAAGAUAAAUUUGUCUUAAAAGGAAAUAAUUAUUCAAUUUGACAACUUCACACAAAAACAAAGAAUGUUUCAAGCACCAGAAUAUACAAGAAUUGUGUCAAUGAGACUCUCGGAAGUCCUUGCUGAUAUAGGAGUGGAUGAGAGAAUUAUACUGAAGACAAGAAGAACAUUCCUGCUGGGAGAAACUAUGAAAACAAUUACAGCACAACUACAUGAUGCAAAAGGGUCACUCUACUAUUUAGGCAGUCAGUGUGAAGGCUCAACAACACCGGGACUUGAUUCAGAUCUUGACCAACUUCUCUGUACUAAUGAUAUAAAUUUGAUACAGGACUUUGCAGACUGGGAACCUGGUAUGAUAAAUAAGUUGAUGAUCCAUGAUGAGACUGUAUCACCUGGUUAUUGUCUGCUACAAUGUCUUAGAGAUGAUGCUCCUCUUCCAUACAAUCAUGUACCUAUCGGUAAUAAACAUUUCUGCAAAGACAGAACAGGAAGAAUACUGGUAAAGAAUACAUCUAUGUCUGCAACAUUAGCUAAAUCUUUUGAGGGUGGAGUAAUACAUGGUCCAGCAUAUGCAAUAGAAGGACGGCAUGGGUUAUAUGAUUCUGAUGUUGUUGGUGCUAUCCACUGUAAAUCAUGGCCUCUACAAGCUAGACAAUGGUUAGACCAGCAAGGUGUAGGUCAGUGGCCUUCGGAUGACACGAAGAGAUAUUGUAGCAGUACUGGAUGUUUUGUUGUUGCCGUUGGAAGCAAAGGCAGUGAAAAUGAAGAGUUUGAAUGGAGAGUAUCAACAUCUCUAGCUGAAAGGUGUCUAAUGUUCAAUCUCAGUAUUACACAGAUCCGCUGUUAUGUCUUGAUGAAGAUGAUAUUAAAAAAAUUCAUCAAGCCACACUUCCAAAACACCAUUUCAAGUUAUAUGUGUAAAACAGUUCUGUUCAAAUGUAUUGCAAAUAUACAUUCCAAUGUCUGGAGAGAAAAUAAUUUACUUGCUUGUCUAUCAUUGUGUAUAUUUGUCCUGUACAGCUGUAUUUUGAAUGAAAACUGUCUUCAUUUUAUCAUACCUUGAAACAAUUUGAUGAGAGGACAUAUUUCUCAUGAAUCAAAACCUUACAUUCUUGAAAUUCUGCAGUAUAUUAUAAACAGUGAAGGGAGAGCAUUACUGGAGAUUGAAUGUGAUGAUCUUGGUGCAACGAUUCAGAGGAAGUUGAGUUAUUUGCACUCAGUCAAAGCAAAUGCCAUUAUUUCAGGACAUUUAUUAAGAUCAACUGCAGCAUUUAUUGAUGGCAACAUAAUGGACUAUCUAACUGGAAUCAGAAACAGUAGUUAUGAAGAAGGCAUACAAACACUACUGAUGUUUAUUUUCAAACUAGUUAGUAUAUCUAAAUACUGCCAAGGACUGGUCAAAAAAGCCUGCUGUCUUCUUGUACCACGUCUCUGUACAACAGUGGGAUUUGUUCUAGUAUCUCUCAACAUUUGUUGGUAUAAUAAUAUACAUGCCGAAGCUCUCUCCUGGAUUUCACUGGGUCUGAACACAGAUGUUGCAUCUGGAAAACUGAAGCUAGCCUCCAUGUUAUACUGUAUAGGGGAUACUCAAAGAGCAGAACUUGUUCUCAGAGAUAUUGAAGGUAGCUGUGAUCUAAACAUUGUUGAGCCUAUUUGUUCUUGUCAUGAUUUCAUCUCUCAAGGUCUAAGACGAGGAUUCUUGGCAGUAGCUGACAAUCAUAAUGAAGAAGCUAUACAGUAUACUACAGCAUUCUGUGUAAAAUUUCUGCCAUGUGAAAUUAACUGUGUUCCACAUGAACUAAGGCAUGAAACGUUUAGAUCUACACAAGAGGACCUGGCAUUCAGAGGAGAAGAUAACUGGAUGGACUUGGCUGUGAUAGAUUCUCUCCCUUACCUCUACUUCCUACAAUACAAGACAUACAGCAAUCUUGGGAGACAGGAAGAUAAACAAAGAGCCCUUUCAAACCUUGUGAGAUCAACUGAUCAGGAACCAAACCUUGGACACAGGGAAACAGCCCUGAAUAUAUUGGGACAGUGUAUGGAACAAGAAGACCGAGCUGUAGAUGCAUUUCAUUGUUAUUUAUUGUCCCUAAAACUAAGGGAGAGAAACAAUGCUGCCAAGUUCCAUAUUUGUAGACUGCUUUCAACAAUGGUAAAUGCCAAUUAGUUUUAAAUGAGCAAAAACAUUCUUUGAAACAAUAAGUGGAAAUUUCAAAAUAUUUGAAUAUGUAAGAGUUUAGUUUUAGUUUAAUCAUAUUCUAUUGUAAACAUGUAACAGUAAAUGUACAUCAACACAUGAAUAUACAGAUAUACAACAGUGAACCAACAGUACAUCAAGACAUAUACUAGUAGUCUACAGUAGGUCAAUAUAUAAGUAAAGGUGGUGACUUUGCAAGAAUGAAAAUACGAAAUGGUUGGACCAUAUGUUUUACCAACAUUAGAAAUCAGUCCGUCCCUUGCUGUCUAAUUUAUACAAUGCAUUAGAUUAAACUAGAUUUAAAUGUGUUACAGUCUGCAUCGCCUAAUUUGGUCCAUUGAUAGUUUAAUGAUAUUAUACAUAAAGCCACAGAAAACUAGACUGUUUUUCAUGUAAAACUAUUCUCCCUCCAUGUAUCACACAGACAUUGUAGAAUGCCACAAAAAGGGGCAAUAAUUCCAGUAAAAACAAGUGAAUGAAGUAUUACCAUGCAAUACAAAGUCCCCUACUGGAAUGCACCUAGUUUUUUCUACUGCAGUAUAACAUAAUGAACUGGUAUCUGUCAAUGAUGUAUAUAAUAAACAAUAUUUUAUUAUAUAUACAGUCAAUAUGUUAUAACAAAACACUUGGAUUAAAAUUUAAAAUAUAAAAACCUCCAGUUGUUUUCAUAUUGAAUUUUUUUGGCCAUUUAUAAGAAAGUUACCAUACAAGCUAUUUAUAGUCACAAGAAAGGAAAAUUAAUCCUGAAAAAAAAUUCUAUUGUAAGUCCACACAAAACUCUUUACCAGGUAGAGAUAGGUCAAAAUACACCUAAAUAUUCGAUGUAACAUGCAUGUUGUACCACAGAAAAGUGGUCUCUAUUUUUCCCUACAGCCAGUAAUAAAAAAGAAACAAUAAUCUAUUUAUAUUAAAACAACAUACAUGCCAUAUUUCCCGCCGGGAGACUUUUUCUCCCGUAUUUUCAGUAUAUCUG